CCCGGACUCCCCCGCUUCCAGGCGGUGCCGCCGAGAAGGCUCCGGGAGGGGACGGCUGGGGGCGUCGCCGCCCCCCUCCCACGUCGGAGGCGCCCUGGGCUGGGGGGUGGGCCAGCUCCCGGGGCGCCCGCGUCCCCGCUCGGCACAGGCCCGCGGGGCGCCCGGCCGGAUGGGCUGCACUGUGAGCUUGGUGUGCUGCGAGGCGCUGGAGCCCGGGCCCCCCUGCGGCCCCCAACCCCCGGGGAGCCCCCCGGGAAGCCCCCCGGGACCGGCGCUGGGCCAAUGCUGGGAGCCCGGGGGUUUGGUCCGCGCCGAGAGCAGGCGGCUCCUGCCUCAGCCAGAGGAUCUGGAGGCCCCCAAGACUCACCACUUCAAGGUGAAGACCUUCAAGAAGGUGAAGCCCUGUGGAAUCUGCCGGCAAGUCAUCACCCGGGAGGGUUGCACCUGCAAAGUCUGCAGCUUCUCCUGUCAUCGGAAAUGCCAGGCCAAGGUGGCUGCCCCCUGCAUUCCUCCAUCCAACCAUGAAUUGGUGCCUGUCAACACGGAGAGUGCACCAAAGAAUGUAGUGGACACGGGAGAAGGAACCUUCCGGGGUGGGAACACUCGGAAAAGCCUUGAGGAAGACGGCUCCAUCAGAGUCACCCCGAGUGUCCAGCCCCCUCCCCAGCCCGUCAGUCUUCCCAGAAACAUGAGUGUGAGCCAGACCAUGGAGGACAGCUGUGAGCUGGACCUGGUGUACGUCACAGAGAGGAUCAUCGCCGUCUCCUUCCCCAGCACAGCCAACGAGGAGAAUUUCCGGAGCAACCUCCGUGAGGUGGCCCAGAUGCUCAAGUCCAAGCAUGGGGGCAACUACCUGCUUUUCAACCUCUCUGAGCGGAGACCUGACAUCACGAAGCUCCACGCCAAGGUACUGGAAUUUGGCUGGCCUGACCUCCACACCCCAGCCCUGGAGAAGAUCUGCAGUGUCUGCAAGGCUAUGGACACUUGGCUCAACGCAGACCCCCACAAUGUCGUCGUUCUACACAACAAGGGAAACCGAGGCAGGAUAGGAGUGGUCAUCGCUGCUUACAUGCACUACAGCAACAUUUCGGCCAGCGCCGACCAGGCACUGGACCGGUUUGCAAUGAAGCGGUUCUAUGAGGAUAAGAUUGUACCCAUUGGCCAGCCGUCCCAGAGAAGGUACGUGCAUUACUUCAGCGGCCUGCUCUCUGGCACCAUCAAAAUGAACAACAAGCCCUUGUUUCUGCACCAUGUGAUCAUGCAUGGCAUCCCCAACUUCGAGUCUAAAGGAGGGUGUCGGCCAUUUCUCCGGAUCUACCAGGCCAUGCAACCUGUUUACACAUCUGGCAUCUACAACGUCCAAGGAGACAGCCAGACCAGCAUCUGCAUCACCAUCGAGCCUGGGCUGCUCUUGAAGGGAGACAUCUUGCUGAAGUGCUACCACAAGAAGUUCCGGAGCCCAGCCCGCGAUGUCAUCUUCCGUGUGCAGUUCCACACCUGCGCCAUCCAUGACCUGGGGGUUGUGUUUGGGAAGGAGGACCUUGAUGAAGCCUUCAAAGAUGAUCGAUUUCCAGAAUACGGCAAGGUGGAAUUUGUAUUUUCUUAUGGGCCAGAGAAAAUUCAAGGCAUGGAACACCUGGAGAACGGGCCGAGCGUGUCAGUGGACUACAACACCUCUGACCCCCUCAUCCGCUGGGAUUCCUACGACAACUUUAAUGGGCAUCGCGAUGACGGCAUGGAGGAGGUUGUGGGACACACGCAGGGGCCACUGGAUGGGAGCCUGUAUGCCAAGGUGAAGAAGAAGGACUCCCUGAAUGGCAGCACUGGGGCUGUCAAUGCCACACGUCCUGCUCUGUCGGCCACUCCCAACCACGUGGAACACACCCUGUCCGUGAGCAGUGACUCCGGCAACUCCACAGCCUCCACCAAGACAGACAAGACUGAUGAGCCUGCCCCCGGCCCCUCCAGUGCCCCUGUUGCCCUGAGUCCUGAGGAGAAGCGCGAGCUGGACCGCCUGCUCAGUGGCUUCGGCUUAGAACGAGAGAAGCCAGGCAAUAUGUACCACACCCAACACCUCCGGUCCCGCCUGGCGGGGGGCCCUGCUGUGCCCUCUGCCAGCCGUCAUGUUGUCCCAGCCCAGGUUCACGUCAACGGUGGGGCCUUGGCAUCUGAGCGGGAGACAGACAUUCUGGACGAUGAACUGCCCAACCAGGACGGGCACAGCGUGGGCAGCAUGGGCACAUUGUCUUCCCUGGACGGGAUCACCAACACCAGUGAGGGGGGCUACCCAGAGGCGCUGUCCCCCUUGACCAAUGGCCUGGACAAGCCCUACGCCGUGGAACCUAUGGUGAAUGGUGGGGGCUACCCCUAUGAGUCUGCCAGCCGGGCAGUGCCUGCCCAUGCGGGCCACCUGGCCCCCAUGCGACCCUCCUACUCUGCACAGGAGGGUUUAGCUGGCUACCAGCGGGAGGGCCCCCACCCCGCCUGGUCACAGCAAGUGAGCACCUCCCACUAUGAUCAUGACCCCAGCAGUAUGUUCCGCUCUCAGUCCUUCCCGGACACUGAGCCCCAGCUGCCCCCAGCUCCAGCCCGGGGGGGAAGCAGUCGGGAGGCUGUGCAGAGGGGCCUCAAUUCCUGGCAGCAACAGCAGCAGCAGCAGCAGCCUCACCCGCCUCCUCGUCAGCAGGAAAGAGCCCACUUGGAGAGUGUCCGGCCCAGCAGGCCCGGCCCCCAGCCAUUGGCAGAGACACCCACGCCUGGCCUCCCUGAGUUCCCGAGGGCAGCCUCCCAGCAGGAGAUCGAGCAGUCCAUUGAAGCCCUCAACAUGCUGAUGCUGGACCUAGAGCCAUCCUCGGCUGCCGCUCCGCUGCACAAAUCCCAGAGUGUCCCUGGGGCCUGGCCUGGGGCCUCCCCACUCUCCUCUCAGCCUCUUUCCGGCUCCUCCUAUCAGACCCAUCCACUGACCCAGUCCAGAUCUGGCUACAUCCCCAGUGGGCAUUCCUUGGGAACCCCUGAGCCAGCCCCACGAACCUCCCUGGAGUCCAUCCCUCAGGGCAGGUCUUACUCACCUUAUGAUUAUCAGGCAUGCCCGGCUGGGCCCAACCAGAGUUACCGUCCAAAGAGCCCAGCUUCCUCCUCUUCCUUGCCUGCUUUCCUUCCAACCAACCACAGCCCUCCAGGGCCUCAGCAGCCCCCCACCUCUCUCCCUGGCCUCGCCGCUCAGCCUCAGCUCCCACCAAAGGAGGUGACUUCAGACCCAUCCCGGACUCCGGAGGAGGAGCCCUUGAACCUGGAGGGGCUGGUGGCCCACCGGGUUGCAGCGUAUAACGCCAGAUUGCAGGGUCUUGGGCUAAGUGUCAGCUACCGGCACCCUCCUCUCCACCGGCUCCGAUCCUCCUCCCUCUCUGGGGUGCAGGCUCGGGAGAAGCAGCCUGCAGAGCCCCCAGCCCCUCUCCGGAGGCGGGCAGCCAGCGAUGGACAGUAUGAAAACCAGUCUCCAGAACCCUCAUCCCCCCGGAGUCCUGGGGUGCGCUCCCCAGUCCAGUGUGUAUCCCCGGAGCUGGCUCUCACAAUUGCUCUCAAUCCUGGAGGGCGGCCCAAAGAGCCCCACUUGCACAGCUACAAAGAGGCCUUCGAGGAGAUGGAGGGAACCGCUCCAUCCAGUCCACCGCCCAGUGGGGUGCGCUCCCCUCCAGGUCUGGCCAAGACACCCCUGUCUGCUCUGGGCCUGAAACCCCACAACCCAGCAGAUAUCCUGUUGCAUCCCAAGGGCGUCACCAGAAGACUGAUCCUGCCAGGUAGGAGCGCAAUGGCAUGUGUGUGUGACCCACAGAUACACAGCCUGGCACAGCCUCCCACUCAGGAGGUUCUGCAUGGCCAGGGACACAGUCACAGGAGAAGAGGAGAGGAGGAUGGGGGGCAGGAGGUGAUGGAGCCGUCAGGAGAGCCCCGGAGCUACGUCGAGUCGGUGGUGCGGACGGCAGUGGCUGGGCCCCGAUCUCAGGACCCUGAGCCCAAGAGCUUUAGCGCCCCAGCUGCCCAGGCCUAUGGCCACGACACACCCCUGAGGAACGGGACCCUGGGCGGCUCCUUUGUCUCCCCUAGCCCCCUCUCCACCAGCAGCCCCAUCCUCAGCGCUGACAGCACUUCGGUGGGGAGUUUCCCAUCGGGGGAGAGCAGUGACCAGGGCCCCCGGACACCCACCCAGCCUCUGCUGGAUUCUGGCUUCCGCUCUGGCAGCCUGGGCCAGCCCAGCCCUUCGGCUCAGAGAAGCUACCAGAGUUCUUCUCCUCUUCCAACCGUGGGCAGCAGCUACAGCAGCCCCGACUACUCACUUCAGCAGUUCAGCUCCCCAGAAAGCCAGGCCCGGCCUCAGUUCAAUGCGGCUGGUGUCCACGCGGUCCCUGGGAGCCCUCAAGCACGCCACAGGACAGUGGGCACCAACACUCCCUCCAGUCCCGGCUUUGGCCGCCGAGCUGUCAACCCUGGCAUGGCUGCCCCCAGCAGCCCCAGUUUGAGCCAUCGCCAGGUGAUGGGCCCGCCAGCAACUGGUUUCCAUGGCAAUGUGGUUUCCAGCCCCCAGAGCAGUGCAGUGACCACUCCAGGAAGCCCCAGCCUGGGCCGGCACCCUGGGGCCCACCAGGCCUCAGGCCUCCAUGGCAGUGUGGCUGUCACUCCAGGGAGCCCCAGCCGCGGCCAGCAGCCGGGGGCCCUCCAGGCCUCAGGCCUCCCUGGUAAUGUGGCCACCACUCCAGGGAGCCCCAGCCUGGGCCGGCAUCCUGGAGCCCACCAGGGCAACUUGGCCUCCAAUCUCCAUGGCAACACAAUAUCCAGCCCCGGAAGCCCCAUCCUGGGCCGUCAUCUCGGAGCAUCUGGAUCCGUGGUUCCUGGCAGCCCCAGCUUAGAUCGGCACGUGGCCUAUGGCGGCUACUCCACCCCUGAGGACCGGAGACCCACGCUGUCCCGGCAGAGCAGUGCCUCUGGUUACCAGGCUCCUUCCACGCCCUCCUUCCCCGUGUCUCCUGCCUACUACCCGGGCCUGAGCAGCCCCGCCACCUCCCCUUCGCCAGAUUCAGCAGCCUUCCGGCAAGGGAGUCCAACACCGGCCUUGCCAGAGAAGUGGAGGAUGUCCAUGGGAGACCGAGUGGGCAGCCUCCCCAACUAUGCCACCAUCAAUGGGAAGGUGUCGUCCUCACCUGUCGCCAGUGGCAUGUCCAGUCCCAGUGGAGGCAGCACUGUCUCCUUCUCGCACACUCUGCCUGACUUCUCCAAGUACUCCAUGCCAGACAACAGCCCAGAGACCAGGGCUAAAGUAAAAUUUGUCCAGGACACUUCCAAGUAUUGGUACAAACCUGAGAUCUCCAGAGAACAGGCCAUCGCUCUGCUGAAGGACCAGGAGCCCGGGGCCUUCAUCAUCCGUGACAGCCACUCUUUCCGAGGAGCCUAUGGGCUGGCCAUGAAGGUGUCUUCUCCCCCACCGACCAUCAUGCAGCAGAAUAAGAAAGGGGACAUGACCCAUGAGCUGGUGAGACAUUUCCUGAUAGAGACCGGCCCCCGAGGAGUCAAGCUUAAGGGCUGCCCCAACGAGCCAAACUUUGGAUCUCUCUCUGCCCUGGUCUACCAGCACUCCAUCAUCCCGCUGGCCCUGCCCUGUAAGCUGGUCAUUCCAAACCGAGAUCCCACAGAUGACUCGAAAGAUAGCUCGGGCCCUGCCAACUCAACCACCGACCUGCUAAAGCAAGGAGCAGCCUGCAACGUGCUCUUCGUCAACUCCGUGGACAUGGAGUCGCUCACUGGGCCACAGGCCAUCUCCAAAGCCACUUCCGAGACACUGGCUGCUGACCCCACGCCAGCUGCCACCAUCGUUCACUUCAAAGUGUCUGCCCAGGGAAUUACACUGACUGACAACCAGAGAAAGCUCUUCUUCAGACGACACUACCCUCUCAACACCGUCACCUUCUGUGAUCUGGAUCCACAGGAGAGAAAGUGGAUGAAGACGGAGGGAGGUGCCCCUGCUAAGCUCUUCGGCUUUGUGGCCCGGAAGCAGGGCAGCACCACGGACAACGCCUGCCACCUCUUCGCUGAGCUUGAUCCCAACCAGCCUGCCUCCGCCAUUGUCAACUUCGUCUCCAAGGUCAUGCUGAGUGCCGGCCAGAAGAGAUGAACUCUCCCCAUGCCCCGGGCCAGGGCAGUGGGGAUGGGGCAUGUGGGGAGGGGACCCAUGAAUCCUGACCAUCUCUGAAUCCAGAAGGAGGACUUUGGGCCAAUUUUGGAGAAAGAGAGAAGAAAGUGUGACAUGGGGAGAGGGAAGUGAAUUGCGGAGGGGCGGGGGAGAGAGGGAGAGAAAGAAAGAAAAGGAUGGAGGAGGAUAACUCGGAUUCCCUUGGGUAGAUGGCUACUGCGCAACCCCCAAAGUCUCCAAAACAAAGCAGGUCCACCUAACUCCCUCUCACCCUCACAGGAGGCAAAGCUGGCCUCCUUGGGGACUCAUAUUUUGGGGGGAAAUGGGAAAGUGUCUCCAUAGCCCAACUGCUUUGCAAGGAGAAGUCAAGUCAAGAGAAUCUUUUUCUGGCCCCCACUAGGGUACAUUGUCAAACCAAAAGGAGCCAGCAUGGGACAUCACGUGGAAGAACUUUUGCUUUGAAAGUAUCUCAGACCCGAGAUACCUAAGGCCUCUCUGCUCUGCCUCUGAUGUACAGUUUGUGUGGGAAUGUAUGUGGGGUUGUGUAUAUAUCUGCUCCCACAUCCUCACACUCAGAUUUAUAUUCGACUCUCGGCUAGAAUUGUAAACAGGUGUACUUGUCCAUGUUCCACAUUUGCACACAUGUGCAUACUGUCCAGAGGUCAGAGUUGGGGCGACCCAGCAUCAGGGAGGGGAUGCCAGCCUUCUUCCCCAGGAGCACCCAGAAAUAUGGGUAACAGGGUCUGACUUGGUCCCCCCCGCACCUGCGCUCUAGUGGCCCAGCGUGCCGCCGGCGCCUUCUCCUUGGCAAAGACCCCGGCAGGAGUGGUGGGACCAUUGGUUGGAGGAGAUGGAGACGUGCAUUUCCAUAGCCUCGGGGAAGAGACCCAUCAGCCACAGUGGCUUUGACCUCCAGGCAUCUUCCCAGAGUUGUGUGGCAAGGUGGGCAGGCCACUCCCCCCAGCUCUCAGCCCUCAGCCCAUUCUUGGCUGCCAAGACCACACCAGCCUUAUCUCAGACCGGCUUAUCUGCAUGAUGUCUUCUUGGGUGCUGGGGAUUGAGCCUUCUGAUCUGCCCAGCUCUGUUCUGUCCUGCAGGUCCCCCUGUUGGGCUCAUCCUGGGGAACCUGCUUGCAAGAGCCCUGCUCAGCAAGGCCCAGGGGAUGCCUGGGGUCCUGUCCUCCCCUCUGCCGGGGUUUGGGGCCUGACUUCUGCUGGGCUGUCCAGGUGACUCAGCAGUGCUCUGGGCUGCUGCCUAUAUACCACAUGGCCUAUGUACAAUACCAAAGCCUUGCUGUUCCCACUUCUGCCUUGGUUUCCCCAGCAGAAACAAGCUGCCGGGAGCAGAGGGCCUAGAAUCUGCCUGGGCAAUUGGGAACCCCCUGACCUCCACCCAAGUACUCUCAGCUGGAAUGGAAAAGUCACCAGGACUCCAUUCUCGAGGGGCUUCUUAAGCCUCUGGGGGUCCCUUGGAGAGAGGCAUUGUACUGAUAUAUAAAUAUAUAUAAUAUAUAUGUGAGACAUACUGACAGAAUCUGUAAGCUAAUAAAAUAUAAGAAAAGGUUAAAAAAAGAAUAGGUAAAUUGACAAGAGGUAUUUAUUGUUUUCCCAUAUUGCUUUAUUGCCUCCCUGGGCAAAAACCAAUUCCCAUCCCUCUUUCUAUAUAUAAGAGAAGCCUGAAAUGUAGGGGCCUUUAUCCUUGGAGCAAUCAGGGGUCUCCUUGCCCUGGCCUUGGCCUUCCCUAGACUUCGUCGGGGGCUCAGCAGGGAGGGGUGCACGUGUUCCAUCUCCUUUGGCCCCCUCUUUUCUGGCAAGCCUAGGCCUUGGCCAUCAGGCCCCGAGAGGAGCCCCCUCACCAGGGCUGGAGCGGGUGUGUGAGCCAGCGGGGGACAUGGGUGAGUGUGGUGGGCAUGGGGAGUGUGUGCGUCUUUUGUAUUUUUUCUCCUCCAAGAAGCUGUAUCUGUGUGGACAUACUGUUUCAGGGAGUUAGAAAGGAGAGUGUCUAAUGAAGACGGGGAGCAGUCCCCCGCUUCCCAAAGAUUGAAACCUUGUGCUUGGUGACUAAGGUUCUUCCAAAGUGCUCUUCCUUCUGAGGCAUUCAAGCCAGAUCCUGGGGUUCCUUCUCCCCCUUCCCCACCUCCCCCUCUCUCUUCCAGAGGAGAGAUUCCACCCCUUCCUUUGUCAAUAUCUAACCUCCCACUGGACAGCCCGGGACUCUCCUCCUGGUCUGGACGUCCUCUCCACCUUGAGGCCAGCGGAGGGUUAGACCAUCAGGCAGAUCCGGGCCCAGGGUCAGCCUUCUCACAUGCUUGCCCACCGCCCACCGCAGCCCACCUCCCGGGCCUGAGCUGAGGGUGACCCCACAAGCAGGACCUAGGGGUGCUGGGGAGCUGAUUUUCUCCCUCUCUGGGUCACUCUGGAGGGAGCUGGUUUCCUAGAGUUUGGCUUUUCCAGAGGAAUGGGGAAGGCACCUCAGACUCCACGAGGUCCCCCCUUUGGGUCAGACACUGGCUGGGAAGACACUGUAGUCCUCCCAUCUCACAGGUUGGGCCCGUGCACCCAUGCGCACAAGUGCACACACACACACACACACACACACACACACACACACCCCGCAGCACUGCAGUAUAUUCUUGCCAAAGAUGUCCUUUAAAAGAAAGCACUUUUAAUAAUUAUUGUUAUUAUCGUGUAAAUGUUUAUCCUUUUCUCUCCUCCCCCUCCCUCGACAUAUUUGCUGUUGUUUAGUGUUGAACCCGUUUGUCAGCCAGGAGAGUGCUGUCUGGUCUUGAAAGUAGGCUGGGGCGUGGGGUGGGGCGGGUCCGGGAGAGGCAUGGUCAGCGUGUGACUCAGCCACACAGCCCCAGGCGGGCUCAGCCGGGCCCCAGGCCCCCCCUGCUUCUGGCUGUUGUCCAGCCAGGCCUCUGAGGGAGGCAGGGAGGCAGGCCCAGUGCCUCCACGUGGCUCUUCCCAGGUGGAAGGAGAGGGGAGGACCGGGAAUGGGAACAAUGGAGAGCAGACCUCAGAGGGGAAAUAGAGAGGAAGUGAGCUGUUUGAUCAGCCUCCAAGGUGACUGGCAUCCCCUCCCCUGAGGUCAUGUGUUCUGGCUCCCUUGUCUAGCCAGUGUUUAUCCUGGGUUUGGGAAAGGCCUUGACCUGGUCCUCAUGGCAGCCUUUCCUGCAGCCGCUCCGAGCUCGUGGACGGCCAGGAUCACUCCUGCACUGGGAGUCCCUGGGUGUGUCAGAAGCUGGCAGGACAGGGUGAUGGGCUUGGUGGCUGUGCCACCAGAAGAGGAGGAAGCUGGCUGAAUGAGUGUGGCCCUUCCAUGAAGGGGCUCCCAGGAGGGAGAUGAGUGGGGCGUUCUCCCUCAGAUGGGCAUGAGCAGAGAUGGGCAGACUCCUCACAGGUGGGACAACACCUAUGCUCUGAAGUGCACUGCCACCCUGCCCCGGGGUCUCCUCCCUUUGUUCCCAGCUUCAGAAGCUGGGGAGAUCAAGGGGGCCAAUGCCCAAGUCCAAGGGCAGCCUCUGCCCCUGCGUCUCCCCACACUCGGGGUCCUUGGAGAGGUCAGAGGCCGGGCCCUGGAGCCACUCUUCACUCAGGGCCAGGCCCCGGAAUCUCGAGACCAGAGUCCCCUGGCAGUGGUAACACAGGAUGUGUGUGCGCGUGCGUGCAAGUGCGGGUGUAUGUGUGUGCAUAGUUUGCGCAUCUCUCUAGGGAUCUUCAGGGUUGGGUUGGAGGAGGUGGGCAAUAGGAGGAUGUCAAGUUCAGUAUCAUCGGGCGGAAGGAAUCAGGAGGCGAGGCCUGUAGGGCCCUGACGGGUGGAAUCUCAGUGUUGGUGAUGGGGUGGGCUCUGCGGCCCUCAGAUGACCCAAAUGUUGGAGGACCUGUGCUUAUUUCCCACGCCUGGCUCUUCCCAGCGGUGAGGCGGUUGUAGAGGGAUGUCCCAAAUUGGGUUUCUAAUCAGUGUUAAGCAGUUGAGACUCUCCUGUGUCCGUGUUGGGUUUGUGUGUGUGUGUGCGGAGCACAUCAGUGUCUGCAUGCGUCUCCCUGUUUCUCCCCUCCCUCUGAUGUGUCAUUCAAAACAAAUGUAAGGAGUUCCUCACCCCCACCCCCUACCCCACCUCCCCUGCCUUCCAGGCCUUCCCUCUGCAGGAAAACCAGAAUAACCCGCCCUCCUCCCGUGCCCUGACUGUGUAUUUAUAUAGAUGGAAAUAUACUUUCUAUUUUGUAUCAUUGUGCCUAUAGCCUCGGCUGCCUUGUAUAAACCCUGAUAUGCUACUUACCCUGGACAUGAAUGUGUUGUACACCGAGGCUGCCUGCUCCUGUCGGCGGCUUUGUUUCCUUGCGAUCCAUUGUAUGGCUUUAUAAAUGAUAAAGUGAAAGAAAACCUGG